AUGGCAUUAUAUCCUCUUCGAAUUAGAAUUGGAGGUUCGUUGCAAGAUCAGGUGGUGUACAAGGUUGGAGCGUCGGUCAAGAAAUGCCCUCAUUUUAAGAAGAAAAAGGAUGGUUUGUUUGGAUUUAGUAAAAGAGUCUUGCAUACGUUCGGGUUUAAUGCUCUAUAUGGGAGGAAAAAGUCAGAAGAUGAUGAUUCUCUUUGGGAAGGAGACUGGAAUUUCCAUAAUGCCCGCGAUCUCAUGCAAUACAGCGUCUCAAAGGGAUACAAGAUUGAUUCUUAUGAACUCGAGUUGAGGCUGAACAAAUAUGGCAAAGAUAUGAAAGCACUCAAAAACCUUGUGAAAGAGGUGUACCCAGACCCUAAAGACCAGCCUAAGGUCUUCGGUCUGGCUGGCUUUUACGACGAAAAAUGGUUCAAUACCUUCUUGCAGGUUUCAGGACCAGGUGUUGUUGAUGGAUUAACCCACCAUAUCUACAACCUUGGUGCGGGUGUUGAUUCCGACCUUAUCAACAAGGUCCAGGAUCCAUUUUUCCUUGACCAAAUAGCUCAGACAUUUAAGGAUAUUUCAACCAAUGUUGAACAGUUUGGACCAUGGUCUGGAGCAUGGGUUGGAGAAGCAGGUGGAGCUUACAACAGUGGUGGCAAAGAUGUUUCUCACACCUUUGUCAAUGGCUUCUGGUAUUUGGAUCAACUGGGCAUGACAUCAACCUUCAACUACAAGGUUUACUGCAGACAAGCCUUAAUUGGGGGGAACUAUGCUCUCCUAAACACAACAACAUUCAUCCCUAAUCCAGAUCAUUAUGGUGCACUUCUGUGGCAUCGUCUCAUGGGAAAGAAUGUGCUCUCCACCAAUCAUAACAGCUCCCCUUAUCUCCACGCCUAUUCUCAUUGUUCAGAGAAUUCACAUGGCAUUACUGUACUUCUCAUCAACAUGUCAAACUCUACUACUUUCCAAGUUUCGGUUGUUGAUGAUCUGAAUUUGUACCCUGAGCUACAACAGACACUGGACUCUGAAGAUGGAGUGCAAAGAGAAGAGUACCAUUUGACUCCAAAAGAUGGCAACAUUCAGAGUGAUGUAUUGCUGCUCAAUGGGACUCCAUUGAAGCUCACAAAAUCAUUGAACAUCCCAGCUUUGAAUCCAGAGCUUGUUGAUCCAACUACACCGAUCACCGUUGCGCCUGAUUCGAUUGUUUUUGCUACUCUAAAAGGCUUCAGAGCUCCAGCCUGUGCUUAA